AUUGUUCCCACCUAGGCUAGCUUCACGUACUUAAAGAGGUUAUCUGACGUAUGUCAAGCGUUUUGUCAACGAAAUUUAAUAUUUAAUUCGAGUGAGCGCGAAUUGUUUCGCGACGUUUUCAGGAACGAUCUAUCCGCGAGUACGGAAUCGAUUGACAAGUCAGCUAAACAUGUGGUGGCAGUGAUGCGCUUAAAGGGGAAAAAUAAUACAAAAUCAUUCUACAGCGUCUACAGAGUGCUUUCUCGUUUAUGCCGAUCUGUGGAUAAAGCACAUCUUGAUGGUUUCAUGGCGGAUGGUGUGGCACCAACCCUGAAAAAUGGCCACAAUUCUAAUAACAUGGAUUUCGCUAAUCAACCGGUGAAGCAGUCAUCUGACGUGUCUAGCGUUGUUUAUGCAGUUGGCCAUUAUCCCCCAAAACUUUUGCACAAUCUCAAUGCGCAGAGGCUGGACAACAAGUUCAGCGAUGUGGGAUUGGUGGCAGGUGACACAGUCAUUAGGGCGCACAGAUCAGUCUUGGCUGCCGGUAGUGCCUAUUUUAAUGCCAUGUUUACUGUCGGCCUGGUUGAGGAGCAACAGGAGCUUGUUGAGAUCCACUCGGUCUCCCCUCAUAUUCUUUCUCAGUUGGUGGACUUUAUUUACAGUGGCAAUGUAGACAUCACACAAGAUAAUGUGCAGGAGUUAUUCGCUGCCGCUGAUAUGCUAGAGUUAGAUGAUGUAGUAGCUGGUUGUAUUAGUUAUCUUAAACAACAGCUGCAUUAUUCUAAUGCACUUGGAAUUUACAGAUUUGCAGAAGUGCAUAACAGACUGGAUCUUUUGGAGACUGCCCUACGCUUCAUAGAAGCUAAUUUUCCUCAAGUGUGUCAGGAAGAGGAGUUUCUGGAUUUACCCAAGGAGCAUCUUGUUCAGUUUCUCAGUAGUGAUUACAUUCAUAUCGAUACUGAAUGCCAGGUCUUCCAGGCCGCGUACAAUUGGAUCGUUCACGACAUCCCUGCGCGGAGAUGCUACGUAUUCGAGAUCCUCAGCCACGUACGCUUGCGACUGUGUUCAUUAGCAAGUCUAGAACGUAUUAUCCUAGAAUGCAAAGACGCGAGUCUCAUCGUCGCGCUGCGAUCUAUACAAAAGGAUCUAGUCUCGAACAAAGGUUGCCUGGUGCCUCUUCACGCUCAGCCUCGGAUCUGCGCCAGGAAAAACAUCCUGGUAAUCGGCGGAUCCAAGCGAGAACAUUCGGCAGACAGCUGGGGUAGAACUGCCGAAAGUACUUAUGAAACCAUUGAGAAAUACGACAUAUUCACUGGAGAAUGGAGCGAAGUGGCUCCGAUUAGCAUAGGACGUAUUCUACCCGGAGUGGCUCUAUUGGAUGGUAAGGUAUACGUUAUCGGUGGUGAGUUAGAAUCCUGUAUAAUUGCCAACUGUGAGUGCUACGAUCCUCGUGACAAUGUGUGGACCCCCAUCGCUUGUAUGGAAGAACCCAGAUGUGAUUUCGGUCUUUGUGCCUUGGAUAACAGCUUAUACGCAUUCGGUGGAUGGGUGGGCGAGGAUAUUGGCGGCUCUAUUGAAAUAUAUGAUCCAAUUACUAAUACGUGGACUCUCGAAGGUUAUCUUCCAGAGCCACGAUUCAGUAUGGGCGUCGUGGCGUAUGAAGGACUAAUUUAUAUCGUGGGUGGUUGUACCCAUAAUAGUCGACAUCGUCAGGAUGUGCUGAGUUAUAAUCCUGUGACGAGAGAAUGGAAUUACCUGGCUCCGAUGAUCACGCCACGCUCGCAAAUGGGAAUCACGAUUCUUGACGGAUACAUGUAUGUCGUUGGCGGUACUAGUAAAAAUCAGGAGGUCUUAACAUCGGUCGAAAGAUACUCUUUUGAGAAGAACAAAUGGAGCGCCGUCGCUCCUAUGAGUAUGGGCAGAUUUUAUCCAGCCGUUGCGGCAGCCGAUAGUCGGUUGUAUGUCAUAGGUGGCGACCAGUCGCAAGAGAUCAAUUUCUAUCGCACGCAAAUCACGAUCUCCACCGUCGAGUGUUACGACCCGCACACAAAUAAAUGGCACGAGUGUGCUUCUUUACCGUCAAGCAGAGGCGAAGCGACGGCGAUCGUUACGCCUUUCUGAUUACUAUUUCGCAGAGAUUUGUUUGUCGUUUAACGUAUUGGUUCACAUCUUUUUACUUUUUCAAUUUUUUUGACGUCUACUUUGUCUUGUCCAUCCAAGGAUAUUGUAUCUGUUAAGUAUCCGAUUGUCAUUUGCACUGUUAAAGGAAUUGUAGCUUUAUUAAUUUCUAAAUAUUCCACCGGCAUUUUAAAAAUACUUGUGUAAGGAGACGCUAUAUUUUGAGAAAUUGUAUUCUUACUGGAGGAAAUUAUUAAUAUCAUUCUUAUAAAUGUACGGGCGUAAUCAUUAAUCAUUGAUAGAAACUAUCAGGUUAAAGAAUCUAAGAAAGAGUUCGAAAGAUUGCAAGAUGUAACGAAUAUAAAGUUUUGAUGUAUCUAAGACAUAGAAUAAUCAAGAAACUUGAUCCAAGGAUCCAAUUUUAAUUGGAUAAAGAGCUUUAAUUUGAGUUUUUAAUCGAAUAUCUUUAAUUCUGAAUUCGAGUUUUGUAGAAUCUAAAGAAUUUACAAUCCGAAAAAAAGUGAGAAGCUAAGUUUAAAAUAUAAUUCAUACGAGGUGUCCCAAAGAUGUUAAAAAUCUAAGAUUAUACAAAAUCUACAAUAUACAUAUAUAUGUUAAUCAUUUUUAUUGCGUGCAAAUGAAUCAGACAAGAUAUUUGUUAUUGGGAACUGUAGAUCGGAUCCAAUAUUUGUUUUUUAUUUAUUUAUAACGAAAUUAUAAUACGCAAAAUAGAUGUGAAAACAAAACUGAAUAAUGAUAAAGUAUAACGUGCAGAAAUAUUUGAAUAAUUUUAUUAACUAACGCGACAAGUAUUUUAACUAUAUUUUAUUAAUUAAUGAGUAUUAUGUACGCUAGGAAGGACUGAGCCUCUUUAUAUAAUAUAGUCACAUACCAAAGUUAUCGUAAUUUUUAAUUAUAUUGCUAUAAGUUAACAGAUCCAUUAAGCAUAAUGCAUGUAAAGAAUUGUAUAAGAAUGAAUCCAAAGACAUAUUUAUCCUUGGAGCGUGUAAGAGUCUAAGGGUGUAAGGAUCUUCCAAAAUCGAAGAAAAGUCCCAAGUUGAAAGAUCAAAAAAAAAAAAAAAAUGAAUUGAUAUCUAGAAACUGCAAAUACCGUAACUCAAGUUAAAAUAUGCAAAAAAAUGUAAAAGCGUGUCUCGAGAUUAUCAUUCAACAGUUCUUGGAGCCUUUAACCCUUGACGUUUUUUGGAACUUGUAUCCAAAAAUCCAGAUUUCAGAGUACCUUAUUGUAAUAAAAUAAACGAUGUUUCUUAAUUAGCGUGUGUAUGCGAAACCGCGCGUCCAAUGUUUUGUAAAAAUUAAGGCCACAUUUUAUAAAAAAAAUAAUGUAAGAAUUGAAGAAUCGCCAUUCUUUGUAAUUAGUCGUCGAUGUAAUAAUCCAAUUCGCCUUUGUUCAAAGGUGUUCGCGGUGCUACAUACGUGAACAUUCGCGGAACGAUAUUCGACUUCUCAAAUUUUUCGGUACAUGGAUAAAUAUGGAUGAGAUGACCUUAUGAAUAAUUUCACUAAUCGUCUAUAUACUAAUUAUAAUUAACCAAGUACUUGAGCUUGUCACAUCUCAACUUUCUUCGUUAUAAGAUAAAAAAGAAUAAGAUCACCUAAUCGCUUUGCGCGUUUUUUUAAUAUGUAAAUUUGUAAAUCCAUAGGUUGCUAAAUCUAUUGGCCUAAUAUAUAUUAUAUAUAUGAAAUAAAUAGGAAAAACUUAUAUUAAUGACAUGUGCGGAUUUUAUAUUUACGAAUUUAGUAAUUGUGAAUAAAUAUAUAUCUGUAAGUACAGGUAUUUUAACAUUUGUAAUCUUGCCUCAUCCUAGAUUUCUACAAAGUGAUAUUGACUUGCUUCAAUGAACUAUGAAGCACUUUUAGCCAGAAAAAGUUUAUAAUUUCUCCAAGAAAGUUUUAAAAGUUUGUAGAUAAUAUUUAAGACGUCCACGAUUUUACAGAUUUAUUUAGUUGUAUAGAUAGAAAGGGCUAAUUAAUGAAUCCAGUGAAUCUAGCAAUCUAUGGACUUUCUAAAUGCAGUAAUAUACGAUGUAUGUAUGUAUAAAUAUAUAAAAUUAAUUUUCUACAAUUAGUUUUUCAAAUAUUAGUCUUCUCUUUUUUUUUUCUAAAAAAAAAAACUUCAAGAUAAUUAAAAUAAUAAGGGCAUCUCUAACAUGUUUAUCCCUCUAAAAAA